UCUCUCUCUCCCCUUCACAUUUUCACCUUCACCACCCGCCUCGCCGCUGCCGUCCCCGCGAUGCAACCACCCGCGACUUCCACCCCCACCUCGUCUUCUUCCUCCUCCUCCACUUGACCCCACGCAUCCGCAGCCGCAGCGGCAGCCUGGUGGAGCUAGAUCCGUGUAGGCGGGGGCGAGAUGAGGGGGCAGGCCAACGGGGAGGAGCAGCGGCACCACGCGCACGGCGACGUGGGGGAGGAAGAGGAGGAGGAGAGGGGGGAGGAGCAGAGGCCGCGGCCGGCGAGGCCGUCUUCCGGGCCCCAGCAGCCGCCGCAGAGGCCGGCUCUGGCGGCGGCGAUGAGGAGCGUGGGGUACGUCGGGAAGCACCGCCUCUCCGCCGCCAUCGCCCGCCUCGACCAGGAGCUCCAGUCGCUGCAGGAUGAACUGAACGAGCUUGAAACCAUGGAAUCUGCAUCCGCUGCAUGCCAAGAAGUGAUCACAAGUACAGAAGGAAAACCCGACCCUCUUCUUCCUGUCACCAGUGGUCCGGAGAACGCUUCUUGGGAGAGAUGGUUUCAACGCGUGCGUAGCUCUCGCAGUAACAAAUGGUGGGCAUCCAAAGGCUCAGAUUUUUCCUAGCGCCACCUGCAAAGAUGAGAUUUACCAGCUGUGCAGAUUAAAAUCGCCUGAACUGUCAUCCACGGACGGCUUGGCAGCCAACAUAAUACAACACCUGUCUUGCGGGCUGUCUGUCUGUCUAUUUCUUCUCAGGAGUCAGACUCAGUGACACGCAAUAGUUUUUGGAGAGGAUUGCUAUUGUUGUUAUGUAUGUAAUCAGUAAUCCCUAACACGAACAUGAACGAUUGUACCAACACCAUCUUCCAGAGCUCUUGAUUAGCUCUGCUCGAUUGAUUCUAAUGCUUUUUUCUGCAAUGCCAUGCAAAACAUUGAGAUUUUCCACA